GGUUUCCUGACAUCACUUGGUUGAAUCUGUUCAGGCUCCUUCUUUUCUGGAACCCGUGAGGAGAAGAGGGCAAGAGGCGUCCCAUGGCUGCAGCGGAGUCUGACAGCAGUCAGAGGCAGAUUGAUGAAAUUGAAGCACUUUCAUCUAUAUAUGGCGAUGAGUGGUGUGUUAUUGAUGAAGAGACUAGAAUAUUUUGUAUUAAGAUUAGUGAUAAUUUAGAAAAACCCAAAUGGACACUCUGCUUACAGGUGAUUCUACCUUCUGAAUAUCCAGAUACAGCUCCACCCAUUUAUCAACUGAAUGCUCCUUGGCUUAGAGAACAAGAUCGUGUGGAAUUAGGAAACAGCCUUGAGGAAAUAUAUGUACAGAACAUUGGUGAAAGUAUUCUUUAUUUGUGGGUGGAGAAAAUUCGAGAAGUUCUAAUAGAAAAAUCUCAGAUAUCAGAAUCAGGCCCGGACAUAAAGAAGACAACUGAAGAGAAAGAUGUUGACUGUGAAGAUGAUUAUUUUUUUGAUUAUCAGUCAAAAAAUACAAUUGAAGCCUUGGAUUUUGUUAUCACUGAAAACCAAUCAGAUACCGAAGAACUACCAUCAAUUAAGCAUGGUGUUCCAAUCACUGACCGAAGAAGCACUUUUCAAGCACAUUUAGCUCCUGUAGUUUUCCUUAAGCAGGUAAAAAUGGUUCUUGCCAAAUUAUAUGAGAAUAAGAAAAUAGCCAAUGCUACCCACAAUAUCUAUGCUUACAGAAUAUAUUGUGAAGAUAGGCGGACUUUCUUGCAGGACUGUGAAGAUGAUGGGGAAACAGCAGCAGGUGGACGUCUCCUUCAUCUUAUGCAGAUUUUGAAUGUACGGAAUGUUUUGGUGGUGGUAUCACGCUGGUAUGGUGGUAUUUUACUUGGACCAGAUCGCUUUAAACACAUCAACAACUGUGCCAGAAACAUACUAGUUCAAGAGAACUAUACAAACUCACCAGAGGAAUCAUCCAAGCAACUGGGAAAGAACAAAAGAGUAAAAAAAGACAAGAAGAAGAAUGAACAUUUUACUUGAAAAUCUAGCUUUUAAAGAUACUUUUGUUUUGAUUAUAUAAUUAAUCAUCAAGGAAUACUUUCUAUAGAGAAGAUCCUUGAAAGACAUUCUUUGUGACUACUCAACCCAGGAGUUCAAGAAAACAUGACAUGGAUGCCAGUCAGGAUUUUCACUUAUUUCUUGGUUGUCCCAAUUGAUCAGAAAUGGAGAACUUAUGUAUUUAUAUGUAACUAAGAAUGAUUCAGAAAAGUUAAUCAAACCUAUUCGUCAUUGUUUCUAAUUUUGGGAUGUUAACAGUUUCUCUAAGAAUCAAGUGAAUUACCUGUAUUUUUGGAUUACAUGUCAAGUGCCUUUCUUAUAUGGUGAAAACCAUCUCUGGAGGGUUUAAAUACUUGAUGUCUUGUCACCUGGAUUCUUGUUGAGUUAAAUUAAUAUUGUAUUUUACAAUACUUUACAGAAUGUUUGAAUGAGCUCCUGGAGAGCUACUUUUUUUUUCUUUUGUAAUUGUGAUUCAGAAAGCUUACUUUAGUUUGAGUAAGCAUUUCUGACUUGUGUAAAUUUAGUGAAAAUCCAGCUAAUACCUGUCAGUAGAAAAGUAGUAGAGAUAAUCAUUUGUUUAACGUACAAUGAAUUAUAUAGAUAUUCUAAGACUUGGUAGAGAAUCUGUUAUUGAAAUUCACAGAUGUUUUCAGCUCCACAUUUUGGUUUUUGUACAGUAAUGUGUAGUAAUAAAAAUGUAGUAUCAA